CUUCCUUAUUCAAGGGUAAUGGAUAUGGAACCUACUAUUAUGACAUCCAGCAGAGACAAGCUUGUGGCAAUGACUUCAGCAAGCAGGAUCGGGGCCCUGUCACCUGUAACUGGGCGGCCCCAAAAAUCCUUGAUGACAUCAAUAGCAACAAUCUCGUGGCUAUGAGUAAUAUCCCACUCCAGUCAGCCGAGGGCCGUGCCACGUACUGCGGUAAGAGUGUAAUCGUCACUGUCAAUGGGCAAGAGUCAGCCACGCCUUUCUUCAUCGGUGAUGGGUGCGAGCGCUGCGCUCAUGGCUCGGAUAAUGUAUGCGAGCCUAACGGCGCUGCCGGCCUAGACUUCAGCUACUCCGCUCUGAGUGAUCUGUCGUCGGAGUCGCAGGCUUGUCUCGACGGGCAUAUUGAAAUUAGCUACGAAAUCAUCAAUGAGACCGUGUACAGCUUCGAGACUGGCUAGGGCUGUAUUACAAGGGUGAUUAUGGAAUAGUGGUGCAGCAUAGGAUAGCGCCGCUUAUAAAUGACAAGAACAUCGCAAGGCUACUGCCAUGUGACUUGAAUUUCCACAGAUAUUUGCCUUCGUAG